UUGUUUUGUAAUGAGAGGUUUCAAACAAAUUCACAUCCAGAUCUGACAGUCACUGUGUUUGUAAUAAUCUCGUUAUCUCAGGAUUUUGAGCAUUGAAGGAAAAAGUACCAUUCACACCGGGGAGAAACACAUAUCGUCUGUGUGUGGAAGAGUCUGUAAAGAUUCAUCUGAAAUGUCCAAACACCAGCGCAGUCACACUGAGGAGAGACCAUGGAAGUGUGACGAUUGUGGGAAGGGAUUUCUUUACCCAUCCCGUCUGGAAACUCACCAACUCAGUCACACUGGAGAGAAGCCGUUCACUUGCACGGAUUGUGGGAUGGGAUUCACUCAGUCAUCCCACCUGCUGACACACCAGCGAGUUCAUACCGGGGAGAGACCAUUCACCUGCUCAGAGUGUGGGAGAGGAUUCAGUCAGUCCUCCAGUCUGCGGAUACACCAGCGAAUCCACACUGGGGAGAGACCGUUCACUUGCCCUGAUUGUGGGAUGGGAUUCAGUCAAUCAUCCCACCUGCAGAUACACCAGCGAGUCCACACUGGGGAGAGACCAUUCACUUGCUCUGACUGUGGGUCGAGAUUCGCUCAGUUAUCCAGCCUGCAGGUCCACCGGCGAGUCCACACUGGGGACAGACCAUUUACCUGCUCCCAGUGUGGGGUGAGUUUCACUCGGUCAUUCAGCCUGCGGAUACACCAGCGACUCCACACUGGAGAGAGACCAUUCACUUGCUCCGAUUGUGGGCAGGGGUUCACUCAGUCAUCCAGCCUGCAGAUACACCAGCGGGUUCACACUGGGGAGAAACCAUUCACCUGUUCUGAAUGUGGGAAAGGAUUUGCUCGGUCAUCCCACCUGCUGAUACACCAGCGGGUUCACACUGGAGAGAGACCGUUCACCUGUCCUGAAUGUGGGAAAGGAUUUGUGCAGUCAUCCAAACUACAGCUACACCAGCGAGUUCACACUGGGGAGAAACCAUUCACCUGUCCUGAAUGUGGAAAGGGGUUCAUUUGCUCCUCUAAACUGCUGGAACACCAGGGGGUUCACACUGGGGAGAAACCAUUCACUUGCUCAGUGUGUGGGAAAGGAUUCACUCAGUCAUCCAAGCUGCAGAGUCACCAGCGAGUUCACACUGGGGAGAAACCAUUCACUUGCUCCACUUGUGGGAAGAGGUUUAGCCAAUCAUGCAACCUGCAGAGACACCAGCGACUUCACACUGGUGAGAAACAUUGACAGAGUCAACUCACCAGCUGGUGCACCAGUGAGUUCACUGAGGGGAGAGACCUUUCACUUGUUCCACAUAUGAAUGGUAUUCACUGUCAUCCAAACUGUUAGCAUACCAGUGAAAUGACACUGGCUGGGUCAUGUUCACCUGCUCUGUUUGUGUAAAUGGAUUUACUAUUUGCAAAUUUACUAGCAAAUUCACAAAGAAUCAUAGGUGAAGGGUUUUGCUUUCCCUAACACAAAGGAAUGUACUUUGGUCAUUGGGCUGUUUGUAUUGAUAUAAAUAAACUCAGCUGUGUUAAAGAGGCUGACAAUUUAGGUAAAUGUUGAUAUAAUUGUGUGUCUGUAUGGUAUGUUUUGAAAAUGAUCACAUUGUCACUGUACAUCAACACAUUUACACUGGGUAAAAUCUGUCCACAAUGAGUUUUCUAGUAACGAUGAUGGUUGUAAUGAGUUCCUGACUAUCUGACAGUGGUGGAUUUGAUGCUACUUUUAUCUAUAUCCAGAAACAGGUCCAGAAAACGUGGUUUGAUGAUGAUUAUAAACACCACAGGUUCAGUGACUUGUUUGGGAUAAAAAUUAUACACAUCAGCUUUUCAUUGAAUCCAUGUUGCAUGAAGUCUGCCUCAUUCUGAGUGCCUUAGAGAUAAGAUAAUCAUGUGUACACUUCAUAUGAGAAGUUGGGAGAAGGCACAUCCAGAGUGAGAUAUAGCUUGUAAUGGUGGGAAUUUAGUUAUGAGUGCUGUUGAGUGGUGUUUAACCUAACGUGGCAAGGGGAUGGAAUCUAAAGACGGUCAAUUAAUGUGUCAGGGAGGCAUGGACGUUACAAGACAGUUAAGGUACAAGGGAGU